GAGGAGGGAUGCUUAUGUGACAGAAAGCGAAUGUAAUUUCCAGUAUGCGUAGAAAGUGGAAUAAACGACCUAUUAGCUCGCUAAGUUAGGUGGCUAGCCGCCGUAGCUCAGCAGCAGCAGCAGGAGCAGCAGCAGCACAGCCCGUGGGAAAAACGAGCUAACCGUGGCUAGCUACAGUCAGCCUCCGAGACGUGGAAGUUGGUGAUUACCUGUACCCGUCUGUACAGCCUGCUUGUGACUUACUGUUGUGUAACGUAAAGGGACAACAAUGGAGCUGUUUCAAGCCAAAGACGACUACAUACUUCAGAGCGGGGACCGGGCGCUGUGGUGUAGCCGCAAAGACGGGAGCAUGACGGUCAAACCUGCAACAGACCUGCUGCUAGCUUGGAACCCUGUGUGUUUGGGUUUGGUGGAAGGUGUCAUAGGAAAGAUACAGCUACACACAGAUCUUCCUCUCGGCCUUGUAUUAAUCCGUCAAAAAGCACUGGUGGGCCGUUUACCAGGCAACCACAAAGUCUACAAGAUCACCAAGAUAGCUGUCAUCCCUCUGUCUGACGAGGAGCCCCAGGAGCUCGAGCUGGAGGCCUGCAAGAAGCAUCACUUUGGAAUUGACAAACCAGAGAAACUGACCCAGUCUCCCGAUGAGUCCAAGUUCUUGAUGAAAACUUUUAGCCAGAUCAAAUCUAAUGUGGCCGUGCCCAUCAAGAAAAAGGUAAAGGAAAACAAAGAGAAAGAACGCCUGGAGAGGCGGCUGCUUGAUGAGCUGUACAAAAUAUUCAUGGACUCGGACUCCUUCUACUAUAGCAUGACGUAUGACUUGACAAACACCGUGCAGCGCCGGGGAGACUCAGAAAAGUCCAGUUUACCCCUGUGGAAACAGGUGGAUGACCGUUUUUUCUGGAAUAAACACAUGAUUCAAGACCUUAUCAACCUUCAGGUCCCAGAUGUGGACUUCUGGGUUAUACCAAUCAUCCAGGGCUUUGUUCAGGUGGAGGAACUUGUAGUGAAUUACAAUGAGACCUCUGAUGAGGAGAGGAGCAGUCCAGAGACGCCACCACAGGAGAUCACCUGUGUUGACGACAUCCAUCCCCGCUUCACCGUUGCCCUGAUCUCCAGACGUAGCCGCCAUCGUGCAGGGAUGCGGUACAAACGCAGAGGAGUGGAUACAGACGGCCAUGUGGCUAACUAUGUGGAGACGGAGCAGUUGAUCCACGUGCACAGCCACACUCUGUCCUUUGUGCAGACUCGUGGCUCGGUGCCGGUCUUCUGGAGCCAGGCAGGGUACCGCUACAAUCCCCGGCCACGCUUAGAGAAAGGGGAGAAGGAGACCAUGGCUUACUUUUCUUCCCACUUUGAAGAGCAGCUUAACAUCUGCAAGAAGCAGGUCAUCAUUAACUUAGUGGACCAAAGUGGACGGGAGAAGCUGAUUGGUGACGCAUAUCUAAAACAAGUCCUACUUUACAACAAUCCAAACCUCACAUACGUUUCAUUUGACUUCCACGAACACUGCCGUGGUAUGAAGUUUGAAAACGUGCAGAUACUGACAGAUGCGAUCUCUGAUAUCAUCACUGACAUGAAGUGGGCCUGGGUGGACCAGGAUGGAGUCAUCUGCAAGCAAGAGGGUGUCUUUAGGGUCAACUGUAUGGACUGUCUGGACAGGACAAACGUGGUCCAGGCAGCUGUUGCUCGGGUGGUGAUGGAACAUCAGCUGAAAAAGCUGGGUGUGAUGCCUCCCGAGCAGCCUCUGCCUCCCAAGUGUUACAGGAUUUAUCAGAUCAUGUGGGCCAACAACGGAGACACCAUCAGCAGACAGUACGCAGGCACGGCAGCACUUAAGGGAGAUUUCACCAGGACGGGGGAGAGAAAACUGGCUGGAGUGAUGAAGGACGGUGUGAACUCAGCCAACCGCUACUAUCUGAACCGCUUCAGGGACGCUUACAGACAAGCAGUCAUUGACCUAAUGAUGGGGCUGCCAGUGACAGAGGACCUCUACUCCAUCUUCAGUAAGGAGAAGGAGCAUGAGGAGAAAGAGAAGGAAAGCCAAAGGGGAGCCCAGGAGCAGGUCAGCCUCCUGCUGCAGACCUACAUGCAGCUGUUACUGCCUGAUGAUGAGAAGUUUCACGGUGGUUGGGCUCUGAUCAACUGUGACAUGAGCAUUAUUGAUGCAACCAACAAAGAGGUGGAUGUGCUGCUGCUUUUGUCUGACAAAGCCUACUACAUUGCUUAUUACGAUGAGGAAGCAGAUAAAGUCAACCAAUACCAGCGCCUCAAUCUAGAGGGUUUGGAAAAGAUAGAAAUUGGUCCAGAGCCUACACUGUUUGGAAAGCCAAAGUAUUGCUGUAUGCGUUUGCAUUACAGGAGUGAAGAGACAAGCGGAUACUUUCACACACUGCGAGCCGCCACACGAAAUCCUGAGGACGAUGGAAAAGAUACAUUACAAUGCAUUGCGGAGAUGCUUCGCAUUACGAAACAAGCCACAGGGCUGGAUCUACUAGUGGUUGAAAAGAAGCUGGAGAGGCGGCAGAGUAAACCUCAUGAAGACAUAAUGGGGAUCCAGAACAAACCUGCUGACCAAGUCCAGGGCAGCUCUGGUCUGGCACAGGGCAAAAGUUUCCUCCUCAACAAAUUCUCCUCUCUCAAUCAAAAAGUGAAACAGACCAAGACAAACGUCAACAUUGGCCCCUUCGGGAAGCUGGGAAGCUUCUCCAAGCCUGACGUGGCGGUCAGUUUCCUGAAACCAACUAUGCAUGUCAACCUGUGGAAGUCGGACAGCAGCUUGGAAACAUCAGAUAGCAACCCUGGCACCGGAGCCCUGAAAGAUAUUGGUGACGAGCACUCUGAAAUGUCUGACUCUGAUUCCUAUAAUUCUGACCCAGAGCACCCGUGUGCUGGCUCCUUAGAAAACGUGGACUAUGUGCUGCCCAGCUGUGGCAUUGUAGCAUCAAACCCACGACUGGGCAGUCGCUCCCAGUCCAUCAGUAGCGCAGAGCUAAAUAUACCCUCCGUCAUCCGGGUCACUGGCUGUGACGGAAAGCAGGAAAGCUCCCCCCAAGUCAGUGAUGACAAGUCCCCAGGUGCCGCCUCUGUGGCUGAAGAAGCCAUUCUGAUUGACUUUGGCACACCCAUUGAUGCCUACUGCCACCAGUUUGUCCACGAUGCACAGACCAAACCUGUUGAGGUAUUUGGAGAGCAGCCGCUCAACCCUGUAGUGCCUGUGCAGAAUAAGAUCCCAGCAGACUCAGACAAGCAGCCAAGCUCUAAGCCGCAGCAUCAGCAGGAGGAGCCCCAGCUCCCCAGGCCAUCCCAGCUAGAUGUCCAGUCCACUACCUCCAGUUCCAACCUCCUCACUGUCCAGAAGCCCAGCUCUGCGGCGUCAGGAGGCUCUCAGAGGAGUCUGUCCUCACAGUUGGAGGGCAGCCUCGGCCCUUCACCUGCCGACAGCAACGGAAGCCGAGUGGUGUCCCCCUUUGCCAAGAUCAAGAGCUCCAUGGUCCAGGUGGCCAGCCUCACUCAGGCUGGUCUCACCCAGGGCAUCAACUUUGCCGUGGCGAAGGUACAAAAGAGCCCAGAGCCAGAUACUGUCAACGAGGCCCAAGAGAACGAGCUGAAGGCAAUGUUUACACAGUGCCAGACCAGGAUCAUUCAGAUCUAGUGCUUUCCUUGUAGCAGGAUUUUGUAGUAGUGCGUCAUGUAGAAACUUCCAGUACAGUAGCGGUAGCAAAAGCUUGCACACAGCGUCACUACUAGGCCAAGAAAUGCGCUCCUAAAUUUGCCCUUUAGUCAAACUUUCCCCUGUUAAGGAUGACUCUUGUACAGAAGUUAAAAAUACAGUCAAAUGCAAAUGACAGCAAUCAUGUUUACAUGCACACAAUCAUGAAACAAUUCUCAUAAUCAUAACAAAAUACAGUUGAUUGAUCACAGUGUCAGGUGUUCACUUUUCUAUGCGUUAAUUAUCAGUUGUCAUCAAUACAUUUACUCCCUUUGGAAAUUGCAGUGAUGGGGAUACCAUGAUUUUUCUGUUGUUCCAAUGGUAACUGCAAAAUGUGCAGGCUGAGUAUAGAAAUGAUUAGUUAUAGGUGAAAUUAACAUUGAAUUAAAUGUUUCUAAGUAUUUAUGUGUUUAUGAAAAUUUUAGACGGUAGUACAUUUGAUUGGAAUGGGGGCAUCCAAACAAUAAAUCACUCCAGAAAUCCUGCUCCUGUGCUAAGAUAAUCAAAGUUGAAGAAUAUUCUCAUCACGAUUACAUAUAGAAAACAAAGUAGAUAUUUAAGUUUUUAAAACUUUUAAACUCAUGUACCUGUGUUUUUGUGCAUGUAAACAUGUGACUGUCCUUAGUCUGAAAAGUAAUUUUUCGAUUCCCCCUUGCAUGUGAGGUCGAUGGUAACAACAGAGUUUGACGAGGCAGGUAAUUAUUAGCUGCAUGUUGAAAGACCAACUCUGAAUUCUCAUGUACUGUAUGUCAUCCCAUAUGUGCAGGUCACCUAUUGGCGUUUUGUGAUAUAGACCUCGUAAUAACCUACAAUUUGUAACAGUUGUCAUAGAAUCCGACCAAAAUAACUUUUGUGAUUCCCAAAGGACAUCUCCGUGUGAACUAUUAUCCUUUGUAUAGCUGUCAGAAACUAGCAAGACAACAUACUGUACGUAAAUAUCCUAUGUAAUAUCAAUGUUGUCAAGUGUAACUUAGAAGAUAUACCGUUAUAGAAACUAUGACUACACAAGACCUAAGUAAGAGUAUCCCGGUUGUUGAUAUGUACAGUGAGUUUUAUGUUUAUGCGUUCCCUGAGUAGAGCCUUCCCUUCAGCUUUUUGUAUUGAUGGCAGGGUGGCAGCUUAAUAUGUUCAAAGGGGUAAGAGCAAUUAUAUUUUCAAAAGAUUGCCUAGUGCUGUCAUCACUAACUAUGAAAAAAAACAGAAAAACUACUGGUUAGAAUUGUUUUUGAUAGAUUCUAUGUAUUGAAAUAACUAUUCUGCUAAUGGUUGUACUAAUUCACUAUAUGAGGGGUUUGUUUGAACCGAGUCCUCGGCCAGCAUUGUACAUUGCAUGUUUUGACAAAGACAAAGAGAGUAGCAUAUAGUAGGUAUAUAUGCAAUUGCACCCACCCAACUAUUAGAGACACUGACGCUUUUAUGCACUCCCCAAACCGAAAGCAUAUUUGCCUUAACAGGGAAUUGAAGUGGGAUUAUGUAUAUCAGGUAUUUAUGGCAAAAUCUACCUUUUUAAGUCCAUCCUUACAUGUUACAUUUGGUGUACUGUAUUAAAAGAUCAUGUUCAGGGUUACUGUAUGUCAUCAACAUUUAUCUUGGGAUAUUUCAGUUGAGGGCACAUACAGUAUAUUCUCCAUCACGUAAGGCACAUUAUAGAAAUGAGCAGACUUUAGAGAUGUGUGUGUGUGUACUGUUCAGUAUGAUUGUGUUCUGUUGCUGCUGGUAUUUAGGAGUGUUCACUCCCUACAUAUUUAUGUGCUAUGAAGAUGUAAACAUUGAUAUGUUAUAGAUGUUUUUCUCUCCUUAACCUCAAGAUUCCUCAUUAAUCCCCGAUACAGUUGUUGUCAUGAGAAAACAAUCUCCUCCAGAACUAUGACAAAUCAUAGUCCCCCAGAAGAAAUGAUAGCAAACCUGGGCUACCAUUACCCCAGUGCUGUGUGUAUAUUGGUGUGUAUUUAUGGUAAAUAAUAAUAAUAAUCUGGUCUGCCUUGAGUCGGAAUAUCCCAAGAUAAAGGAUCAACAUAUUUCAUAUUUUGUGUCAUGUUUGCCUGUUUUCUGCGUUCAGCUUGCUCACCAGCAGAUAAGAUGUGGGAUACACGUGUGUUUUAUCUGACUAAUUGUGCUAAGUGAGACUGUAAGCCUUGGCUGCUUCGUGGGUGCUACAUUAUAUAGUUAUCCAACCUGCUGAUAGUGUGUGGUGCUGCCAAAGCUUUAAAAGGUAAUCGCUGUAAUGCAAUAUUUUAAUGCAGAAGGUUAAAGGUGUUUUUUUUUUUUUUUUUUUUUAACUUUCUUCAGGAUUGCAAACACUGGAGCAGUUCUCACGCUGAGCAGAAACAUAAUUCUGUCCUAAACUGGCUGUAUUAAGCUAAAAAAAAGGAACAGUAAUCCUCAACAUUCCUAAUAGAGACCAUAAUGCUAGAAUAUUGGUGUCUGGAUUUUAUAUGCAAAAGCUGGCAGUUAAUAUUUGAUUCAAUUUGCUGGGUGAGAUUUUUCUCCUUUCCCUUUGUUUUAUACACAAAGUGCUUUUUGUGACCACCUCUUCAUUUUAUGGUCUGGGGUUAUCCUCCCUGCCCAUUCAGACCCCAGACCGUCACGCCAUCACGUGACAAGAGGUCUUAAAGCAUUUGAUUUGCACUGUUUCAGCACAUUUUCUAGCAUUAGCACCAUUUCAUCCGAAUGUCUGUGGUCAAUGGUCAUACCUUUCCUCUUUAUCAACUGACUAUUGUCAUUGUUUUCCACAGUGUACUGAGAUUGUAUUGUAUAUUAAAGUAUCCUAUUUAUUCUUA